GGCCGAGUCAGAUGUGCGCGGCGCCCGUGCGGAGGGCGGCAUGGCAGCAGCGUCGAACCCGUACAUCGGCACGUCGGCAGUGUCCAGCCUGACGUCGGUGCACCUGCCGCCGAGCCAGGCCAUGCAGGUGGCGGCAUCGCAGCCGACGGCGGGCUACGGCCGCGAGCCGCCGGAGAUGAAGUACAUGCCGCCGCAGCCGCACCACCAGGGAGGACCCAACGGCCUGUCGAGCCACCACCACCACCAGUGGGUGUCGUUGCAGACGGACGCCUCCAUGUGGUCCAUGGGGCCCGGCGGCAUGGCCGACAUCAAGCCCGCUCAGGCGGCCGAGCUGGGCCACCACCACCCCUUGAGCGGGAGCCACCAUGCGCGCGCGGCCACCGCGCAGCACAUGGGCUCGUGGCACCCCGCGGUGUCGCCGCACAUGGGAGCCAUGGGCGGCAUGCACCCGCAGCACCACCAACACCACCACCACCCGUACGGCGGCAUGAACGGCAUGCUGGGCGGCGCGGCCCACCCGGCCAUGCGAGAAGUCCCUCACGCCGACCAGGUGCCCCCCCACCCGCACAUGCACGGGCAGCACGACCCGCGCGCGCUGGACCACCACCACCACCGGCACCCCAGCGAAAGCGGCGAGGAGGAGGCGCCUAGUUCGGACGAUCUGGAACAGUUCGCCAAGCAGUUCAAGCAGCGUCGCAUCAAGCUCGGCUUCACGCAAGCCGACGUCGGGCUCGCGCUCGGCACGCUGUACGGGAACGUCUUCAGCCAGACUACCAUCUGCCGGUUCGAGGCUCUGCAGCUGAGCUUCAAGAACAUGUGUAAGCUCAAGCCGUUGCUAGCCAAGUGGCUCGAGGAGGCCGAUUCGACCACAGGUUCGCCUACGUCCAUCGACAAGAUCGCCGCCCAGGGACGCAAGCGCAAGAAGCGCACCAGCAUCGAGGUGUCGGUGAAGGGCGCCCUCGAGUCGCACUUCCACAAGCAGCCCAAGCCGUCCGCCCAGGAGAUCGCCUCCCUGGCCGACAGCCUGCAGUUGGAGAAGGAAGUGGUCCGCGUCUGGUUCUGCAACCGGCGGCAGAAGGAGAAGCGGAUGACGCCGCCCAUCAACCAGCCGCAGGCUGGGGCACCCGGCGGACCCCCGACGCCGGACAUGAUGAUGUGCCACGGUGGAUCGCCCGGAGACAUGCACCACCACUCCCCGCCGGCCAUGAUGCAGUCGCCGCCGCCGCCGCCCCCCCCUCCUCCACACUCGGCGCUCCACCCGGGUCAGUCGCUGGCGGCCCACUGACCCACGCUGUACCCCUGCCUAUUCAGCUGCGACGACGCCUAGCCGUCGCCGGUCUGCAGGACAGGGGUGCGCGAGUGCGCCACACCCGCCGCGUACAAAAAAAGUGCAAUCCCUCCCCCCCCACCCACCCGCUCCUCAUCACGUGCUCCGCGGCUGCUGCUGCUGUGGUGGUGGUGGGUGCCGCCGCCGUGUUGUGUGGCCGGACGGGGUCGCCCCGCUGUUUGUACAUAACUACUACACACGCCGUGCGCGGACGAUCCUGCCGGGGCCUUCUCCCGCCACCGGACCCAAUGGCUCCAGUGUGCUGGUGGUGGGUGCGCAGUGUACGUACACGACGAUGCGUGCGCGGUCCCGUUUCUCGCCACCGUGUGAGCGAACCGCGAUCCUUCUCCGAGGGGGGCGACAACACGCUGCAGCAAGAAAACAAGGUGCCAACCAACGACUCUGCCGACGGUCGCGACGUCCUGCCGGAGCGGCCUCCGCUUCGUUUUGCAGCAAAAGUGACGCGACAGCCUGUAUACACACAACACCACGCGCACUUACUUGGACGACACCACAACACUCACGACACGCCACUUCGACUCGCGUUUUCACACGUUACACUAUGGCGCGUUUCUCCCCUCGACACCCACACUGAGACGGAGACAGGCAUGCCCAACUAGUCCAGGUAGGCAGACAUCACUUCUCUCGCUCACUUCGCCGGGUCUUUAUUUCAGUUUUUUUUUUCUUCUUUUAGCCGAGCGCGUUUUCCUGUACGAGCCUGGCAUUUCUCUUUUUUUUUUUUGUCAGAUCACUCUGCCGAUGGAUUUUUUUUGCUUUUUGAUGCACGUUCCUCCUUGGCGCGUCCAUUACUAUAUUACUUUUUGUUUUACCCUUUCACUAAGCGCUGUUGUCAUGACUCCACUGCAUUUAUGUUUUCUACCGAUUUUCUUUUUUUUUUUACCGACUGUUUUGCCCAAUGGAUGCGUCUCUUCGCAGUUGCUCGCAAGCGAUCAGUCGACAGUUACCGCGCGUAAAACGCAAGUGACCGAGUAACAAAAAAAAAAAAAUGUGCCCAUUUAUUCGUACAAAUCGAAUUCCUUUUUCAUCAUGAGAGAAAGAAUAGUGGGGCCAGGGUUGGGAAGGGAGGUAGACUCGGGGUUAAACUAACGGAUGCAUAAAUCUGAAGAAGGCAUCGAGAUGUCAUUGCAAUAGCACAGCCAACCCGUCAAAGUUCACACCCAUUUAAUAGCAUAUUGACGGACCGCCGGUGACAUCACAGCAGACCGGUAUCGCAUCCAACUUAUUCGUGCCUUUUGAAAGAAGACAGCGCGUUUGCUUAAACGCAUAUCAACAAGUGGCGUUCGCAACUGCUUAGAGCUCGCUCCAGAGGGACUCGCUAUGAGAACAGCCCGCUUCAUUUUUUCAUUGCCCGUGCCUCGCGGGUAUAGCGCCCGUGCGAACAGUCCACAUCGGUCGUCCCGCACGUGCGGGGGACGAUCGCACUGUCUUUCACAAGCGAGACGUAAUAUACCUCAAAAACCACUUCGCCUGCUGCUCCCGUCUAUCUUUAUGCAGCGCCACUCCGGUGACUUUCCUUGAACACGCAAAUGGCCGCUCGUGUGCUUUUUUGCCAACUCAGCCUGUUUUAUUAUUACUGUUUUUUGUGUGUGCCUGCUCUUCUUGUUUGUCACCUUAAUUCACGCUUUUUUUUUAAGAUAUACCAAGUGAACGAGCCGCUGGUGUGAUCACGCUCGAAUCCUUGCGUUCGUUGUCGUAUCGUGUAGUGUGCGGUCACGUUUGGUUUCUUGCUCCAUGCUUAUCACGACAUUCCAGGAGAAAUGAACGUAUACUUGUUUACGUGAUAGAAAGAGCGAGAAGUGGAAAAGUAAGAGAGAAAAUAAAACUAUUCCCCCACUCGAGCACGGCGUUGUGUUCCGUGUCUCGAUCGAGUCAUUGAAAUUUUUUUUCUUUCGCUUUUGUACAUAGAACCGCCUGAACGUGAAAGCGUGCAUGUGUGUAAGUGUGACGCGCGAUGCCAUGUGUGUGUGUGUAUGAAAAAGACAAGAAGACGAAGUGAUGGGUUAUAGUGCAUAUGUGUGUGCGUGGUGCGCCUGGAACUGUAGUGAAACGACGGUGGCGCUGUCUUUUUUUUUUUCUUUUUUUCCUCGACAUACACACGCUGACGAUGGUGUACAUAGAAACACAAGAGACUGCGAGAGAGAAAGACUGGUCUAUAUAUGUAUACUAUAUAUAUAGUUGUCUAUGACCAUCCCUGUUCUUUUCUUUUCAUUCUCGCCGCUGCGGAUGGCCAAUGGUCGCGUUUGCUGUGUGACUGAGUGUAUAUACAUCCCUUGUUCUUUCCGUCUAUAACGAACUCACUCAGCCUCUCUACCUCUCUGCCCCCUCUCCCCCCACCCCCCCCCCCCCCCCCCCCC